AUGAGCUCGAAGAAAGCGAUGACGAUGAGGGAAACGAGUGUGUCACCGGCAAAGAAAGGAAAAGACGAGGACAUCUCCGAUGCACAAGAAGAGCAUCAAGAAAGUGAAGGAGAGGAUAAUAACAAUGAUCGACCUAUUAAGCUAGAUCUUGCUCGUGGUGAAGGCAACGUGGAGUCGUCAUCUGAUGAGGAUUCGGAUUCCGACUGGGAAGCCAACGAGGAUAUUCAAUUAGAAAUCGAAUGUUGGCUCAUCUGGAUCAGGAUGCCGAACAAGUGGAAUGGUCUUCAAGGCGAAUUGCCGCUUGUAACCUGGACUGGAACCUCGUUCAUUGUGAAGAUUUGA